UCCUGUGGUUUACCCAUAAUUCAAUACGUAGACAAUCCAAAAUGGCGACCAGCAUGGGUACAUUACGGCAUCUGACAAGAAAUGCGUUAAAAAUACCUCUACGGCAAAGCAUAAAAAGAAGACAGUAUUUGAGAUUAUCACUCAUGGACGUAAACUCGCGUACUUGUGGCCGAGUGGGCAUGAGUUCUCUAGCGGCCCCUGACGCCGACGAUUCGCAAAGACACUAUCCCAAUCACAUUAAGAAGAUCGUGGAUGAUAUCAGCAAGCUGACACUUCUAGAAGUAUCGGAACUCAACGAGCUACUAAAGGUCACUCUGAAAAUUCAAGAUGUACCCAUGAUGGCAGCUGGUGCAAUGGCCCCCCCAGCGGCUGCACAGGAGGCUGCUUCUGAGGAGGCAGAGAAGGAAGCAGAGCCAACAGAAUUCACAGUGAAGCUCACUGGAUUUGAUGCUGCUGCCAAAGUUAAAUUGAUCAAAGAGAUUAAAAACCUUAUUCCAGGAAUGAACUUGGUGCAGGCCAAGAAAUUUGUUGAAGGUCUUCCUCAGAAUGUAAGAGAGAAGGUGAAUAAAGAAGAGUCUGAACAACUCAAGAAAGCCUUGGAAGCUGCAGGUGGAACAGUUGAGAUUGAGACGUGAGAGCUGGCUCUUGAAAUAGCUGAUAAUAGUAAAGAGCUAAACAACUACCAUCUGUUUAGUUGGUAUUUUCAAACACUGUAUGGCAAAGUGCCAAAUAUUAAGCACUUUUUACCAAAGAUUUACAGUACCAAAGGUACUAGGAUCACAGAACUGCCUGUGGCACAAAUGGAUAACUGGAUAACACUCAUCUAAAAUAAAACGUUUUUAUUGCUUAA